CCGUCUGCAGUAUAAAUGACCAUGAAAAAUCCAUUGGAAGAACGACCGAACACAAGGAUGAAACAAAAAGGCUUUCUAACCAUGCUCAAAGCCCCCCUCCCCCUCAUUCUCAUCCUUGCCGACCUCUCUGUCUCAAUUGCCUCUGCCUCCGACGCCUACCCGACCAUCCCCGGCACUGGUGACUGCUUACGAACCGACGGUCUAGUGCCAGUGCGCCGAGAAGUGUAUGGGAAUGGGAGGAUCAUCGACAUCACCCACAGAAUAACACCGGAGAUGCCCUCGUUUGAGCGGUUGGGGCAGAUCUUGUGGCUGGCCCACAGCAUGAAGAACGGCUCCUCCUUCAACUUCUCACUGAUGAAGCUGCCUGCCCACACCGGGACCCAUGUCGAUGCCCCUGGCCACUACUUCGAUCAGUACUUUGAUGCUGGGUUCGAUGUUGAUACGCUAGAUCUUGAAGUCCUUAACGGUCCAGCACUACUGAUUGAUGUUCCAAGGGACAAGAACAUUACUGCCGAAGUGAUGGAGUCCCUAAAGAUCCCAAGGGGCGUGAGGCGCGUGCUCUUUAGAACUCUAAACACGGAUAGGGGCCUCAUGUAUAAGAACUUCUUUGACACGAGCUUCGUGGGGUUCAAGGAGGACGGGGCCAAAUGGUUGGUAAAGAACACGGACAUCAAAUUAGUCGGAAUCGAUUACUUGUCCAUCGCUGCAUUUGACGAUGACAUCUCGUCUCACCUUGCUCUCCUUGAAAGCAGGGAGAUUAUUGUUGUGGAAGGCUUAAAGCUCGACGAUGUUCCAACAGGACUAUACAAUGUUCACUGCUUGCCCCUGAGGUUCCCCGGUGCCGAGGGAUCGCCAAUAAGAUGCAUCCUCAUGGAAUGAUAUUCCAGUGCGAGUUUCACAUUGUUUGCAGGGUACAACUGAAACUCGAAGAGUCAAUUACAUUUCACAGUGCUAACUGCAGCUUUCUGGGUAGGAGCCGGACCCACUGCUCAGCAUGAUGCAGUCACGUUACUCUUAUGUAUGUUCAUGUUCUUGGGAAGACAACUAAGAAGGCAACAUAAUAGUUCAGUAUCAUUUACAAUA